AUGGCACUGUCAGUAAAAAUCACGUGUUCUCAGAACAUUCCCAUCUUGGCGAAAACCAAAAUUUCCAAAACGUCAAUUGAAAUUGAGACUGGAGAAACACGAUUAAAACAAUCGGGUAAACUUGAAAAUUUCCUGAAGUAUUUGGUUUUAAUUCAGAACUGUUUAGAAUCGGAAAAGAGCCAGGAAAUGAAAUCGCGUCUAGUUGCUGGCGGGGAGGAUGAAAAGGAAAAGUCAGAGAAGGAUAAGGAAGAGAAGAAGGAAGAGAAGAAGGAAGAGAAAAAGGAGGAAGCAGGAGAUGCAAAGAUUUCGAAAAAGGUAGAAGUGGCCAAGUCCACAGCUAACAAUCCUGAUUCCAAAGAUACCAAAGAUGGGAAACCCGAGCCAAAGGCCGAAUCUCAGUAUCAAAACUUGGACGUCAAACUUCCAGCGGAGUUCAAGGCUCCGCCUGUUGAGCAGAAGCCCAGUGAAACCAAGACGAAGCCAGUUGCAAAAAAGAAGAAGUCGAAUCCAUGCUGCACGAUUUGCUGA